AGACCAUGUACUCAGUUGCCAUGACCUUCACCGUGCUUGUUCUGCUUAUCAAACAUUUUAACAAAGACUCGAUGAACACUCUGACAAACUUCGUGCAGUACACGCAAACAGCUUCCAACAGCCAAAAGUUGGACAUAGAAGCCAUCCACACGUACGCACGCAACGAAAUCAUGCGACAACACCAAAUUGCCAACCAGACGAGGCACGACUGCGAACUGAAACUUAACGAUCUUCAGGAACAAUUGGAAAAUGCCAAGCAGGCAAUGAGCGUACACAGAUACGAUGCAGAGGAGGUCGCGAACGUGGCGAGGGAGUACACAAAAGUUUUGGUGCGAAACCUCACGAACAACAUCAACAAAUUCAAGCAGGAGUUCACGGCUUACGCGAACAGAGCGCUGGAGAAACUGAAGAGAAGCAUCGUGCAGACGUCAAACGCCAUUGAGAGCAGCAAGUGGAUGGAUGGACCAAAAAUCAUUUAUGAAGAAGUUAAAAGGAAGAGAUCCAAAGUGGGCAAGUCAACGAAACCAUUUCUGGAGUGGGCGGGCAUCAAGCAAGAGGUCGACAGGCUGGUUGCAGACCUUUCUCUCAAAGAUUUUCCAAUGCCGAACCUAACUGAAUUUUUAAACACCGACAUCCCAAAAUCAUGGAACCAGCCUAUGAAGAUACCACGAGCCAGCGACGUGAUACUUCCACGCAAUCAGUGGUACUACCACUACGACAAGAAACCACCGCAGCCGACAGCUGACGAUGAGAAUGAGAAUGCAGAUGACGACAAGAAAGUUCCUCAAAUGAUGAGCUUCACAACGUUCAUCAUCAUUCUCAUGGUUAUCGACGCAGUCUGGUUCAUCCAUAGAAUUGCGCGCACGUACUUUGGCGCUCAGAUGAUGUUGCAUGGUUGUCCCAUCUUUAUAUCUUGCAGGCUCUAUCAUCCUGAUUAUCAGCAGGAAGGUCCUACUGAAGAAACACAACAACAACAACAGCAACCACAGCAGCAGCUGCAACCACAACAGCAACAACCACCACCACCACCACCACCACAAGCAUCUGGCACUCAACAAAUUCCUCCACCACCUCCAACGACACCUCCAACUGCUACGAAACCGUCGAAGUUGAGAUCCUGCCUCAGCACGUUAAGAGACAUCAACUUCAAGAUAAUGAAAACUGAGUUCAUUCCGAAAAUGGUGUCGACAGUUGCAGUUGGUUGUGCACUGUACAUCGGCCUGUCUGCAGCCGACAAGUUGCUCUCCGUCAAGAGUCUCGUUUCCAUUGGAUACUUCGAUGCGCUGGUGGCCCCACUUGAGACCAACUACAGACUGGCAGGGACUCGCGUCAAGACCAACGCGUAUCGCAUCAACAAGUUGGAGUUUCCAUUUUUUGAAGAGCUCGUCAACAUCCGAUACAAAAGAUACCAGUUGCUGCUGGAGAUGUACGCAGAGGUGCUGCGGAACAGUGCCAUGCUGAAAGAUUCCGAGUACUGCAUGUGGAAGAAGUUGUUGGACGCGGACGUCAAGUGCAACUGCACAGACAUCCACGUUGAGAAACUGCAUUUUGAUGGCUGCCAUUUACCUCAUAUCGUUCCGGUUGCUUAUCACAAGAAAGACUUUUCCGAGCACAAGGAGCAGCUGAGCCGAGCCAUCCUGCCCUACAUCGAUGCCUCGCGCGACAUUGUCAUGGACACUGGACAUCUGGUGGCUCUCUUCGUCGCCAUUCUUGCCCUCGUGGACGCUCUCAGCAAUGUCAUCUGGAUCUAUUUCAAAAGAUUCAACCUGCUGAGAUUGAAGCCUUUGUUUGAGAUUGAACACAUCCCAAUGAGCGGAGAACAGAGAACUUAAUGAGGGCUUCAUAAGCGAACCAUCGCACGGCAUGAAAUGUGCUAUUUACGUGCACGAUGUGAUUAUGUAAAUAUUUUACAAUCCUAAUCAAAUGCUGACAUAACAAUGCAGUCAGUGCAUAACAAUCAUGAAACUAAACUAUCAAGUUAGGGUUUCAGUAAGUAAGUAGGUAGGAGCACAAACUUACCUGACCAAUUACCUCUACGAUCAAUGAACAAUUAAAAUAUGUUUCAUCCAUUUUAUAUCUACCAGUUCAUUUCAGUGUUUGUAUUUUGAAUUUCAUAUUGUUUCGUGUUUUUUUUUUGAAUGACGUGAAUCUACAUAGUUUUAAAAACCAGUAACAUCAUUAGUUUGUACCACAUACUUUUCUUCAAUUUUUCUCA